AUCUGAAGAAGGUAACCGUUAAUUGGCAGUUUUUUUGUAUUUUUCAAAACUGAAAUAAACCCGUCAAAAUCGCUAAUAAAUUCCUGUCGCAUACAAUGCUCAAAACAAAAAUAACGGGGGAAUUUUGGGCUCGAUUAGAAUUCAGAACCAAAAAAAUUUCACCAGAGGAAAAAAAAAUGGGGUGGCAGAUUAAAGUGUUAAUAUUAUUUUGGAUGGUUAGUUGUUUAAGUGCGGGAAGUGUUGUUGGAGUGGAGAUUCUAUCGAAAUCGAAGCUUGAAAGGUGCGAGAAAGGCUCCGAGUCUGAUACUCUCGAUUGCACGACCAAAAUCGUCUUGAACAUGGCCGUUCCCAGUGGUUCAAGUGGAGAAGAGGCGUCGAUUGUGGCAGAGAUCGUGGAGGUGGAGGAGAAUUCGACCAACAACAUGCGAACACUGCGAGUACCACCGGUGAUAACCAUCAAUAAGUCCGCUGUGUAUGCCCUGUAUGAGCUUACGUAUUUACGCGAUGUUGCUUAUAAACCUCAAGAAUUAUUUGUGAAGACGCGCAAAUGUGAGCCUAAUGCUGGUGGGAGUGUUGUUCAGACAUGCCAGAGGUUGCAGGACAAAAAUGGUCGCAUAAUUGAGUAUACUGAGGUGGCAUUUUUGACUUAUCAAUCUCUUUUGGAUCCCAUUUUGCAUACAUAUCCAAUCUGUUGUCCUUGUGGUCCUCAACGGCGAGUACCUUCAUCAUGUGGAAACUUUUUUGAUAAAAUGAUGAAAGGAAAGGCAAAUACUGCGCACUGUCUCAGAUUUCCUGGUGACUGGUCUAAUGAGAGGAGCGGUGGACCAAGGAUAAUGUGGAGGAAGCGAUCAAUCGGAUUUAAUAUUCGAAUACUGGUGAAGACGAGAUCUCUAAUGUCGGAAGUGAUAGUUGGGCCUGAAAACAAAACAGCAACUUCCAAGGAUAAUUUUUUAAGGGUAAAUCUUGUUGGAGAUUUUGUUGGCUACUCAAGUCUUCCUGCAUUUGAAGACUUCUACCUUGUGAUCCCAAGGCAGGGUGAGCCUGGUCAACCAAAAGAUCUGGGGAGGAACUUUUCAAUGUGGAUGCUGCUUGAGAGAGUCAGAUUUACUUUAGAUGGUAGCGAAUGCAACAAAAUUGGUGUUAACUAUGAGGCUUUCCAUAAGCAGCCAAACUUCUGUUCUUCACCAUUUUGGAGUUGUUUGCAUAAUCAGUUAUGGAAUUACCGAGAUGCUGAUCAGAACCGAAUUGAUAGGAAGCAAUUACCACUAUAUGGUGUGGAAGGAAGGUUUGAAAGGAUAAACCAGCACCCAAAUGCAGGGACUUAUUCAUUCUCCCUAGGAAUCACUGAAGUUCUUAACACAAAUCUUUUGAUAGAACUUAGUGCCGAUGACAUAGAAUAUGUCUACCAAAGGAGUCCUGGGAAAAUCUUAAAUGUAACUGUCCCAACAUUUGAAGCUCUUACUCAAUUUGGAGUUGCUACAAUUACAACAAAGAACAUUGGGGAAGUGGAAGCAUCAUACAGUUUAACGUUUGACUGCUCAAGUGGAGUCUCCCUCAUGGAGGAACAGUUCUUUAUUAUGAAGCCAAAUGAAAAUGCAAUAAGGUCUUUUAAACUCUAUCCAACCACUGAUCAAGCUGCAAAGUAUGUAUGUUCAGCUAUAUUGAAGGACUCUAAUUUUAAUGAAGUUGAUAGAGCUGAAUGCCAAUUUUCUACUACAAUGACCAUUAUUAACAAUGGAUCACAGGUUGCUCCCUUUGAACCUCCAAAGACUGAUAUCAAUGGUUUCUUAGAAUCUAUUGAAAACAUUUGGAAAAAAUUGUGGGAAGGUUUAGUCGACUUCAUCACUGGAAAAACUUGCAGAAGGAAAUGCAUAAGUUUCUUCGAUUUCAGUUGCCACAUACAAUAUAUAUGUAUGAGUUGGAUGGUAAUGUUUGGUCUACUUUUGGCCAUUUUCCCAACAGUUCUGGUGCUACUAUGGCUUUUACAUCAGAAAGGACUCUUUGAUCCUCUUUAUGACUGGUGGGAAGUUCAUGUUUGGUCUGAUAAACAGCAAAGUAGGCAUAUUUCAAGACAUAAUAUUGAUAUCCACCACCACCACCACCAUCAUAACAUUCAUGAUGAUAAACAUCAUGAGUUGGGUGGAAGGCACCACAAGCACGGUGCUCAAUAUAGGCAAACAAGAACUCCUCAGGAGCAUAGGCAUAACCAUUCAGGAAGAGAUACUGAUUACUAUUAUUAUCUUCACCAUGUUCAUAAGGACAAAAGUAAGCACAGGAGUGGUAGGAAAUCAAGCAUUAAGCAGCAAGUCAACUUGGAUGGAAUAGAGAGGAACAAUAUUGGCCACCACAGACAUAGAAAGGCAAAAGACCACACGAGGACCAUUUAGAUGACCCAUCGUGACGAAUCAAGAUGAAAUUGCCAAGUGCAGAGUAAAUGAGCAGAGAAGGUAGGAGGUAGAGUUGGUACAAAUGAGGAGAAGAAAGAGAAUGUUUGAUGUUCUUUGAUGUAACGAGAAAAGAUAUGACUGAAAAAUUUGAUCUAACUGUUACAAGUAAAUUCUCACUGUGCCAAGCGUGUGUAUUUAGAUUUGCAGAUGCCAUGAAACUUCUUUUUCUUUUUUU